AUGGAGGCCUUCGAAGUCAGAAAGCGCAGAGCUUUGACUCCUGGUCUUUGCACUCGCGUUGCAGCAGUCCGCAGGCAAUCCGAUGCGGCUGUGGCCUCACGCCGACCUGUGACUGACGCAGAGGAAAUUGAUGACAACCUGAGCACAACCUGGGACCAACCUCAGGGCUGCCCUGGGGUCGCUCUCAGGUUGUCAUCAGGUCGCGUUCAAGUGAGCGACAAUCUUCACCUCGGAAUCGGGACGUACCUCAGUGCAGGUAGUGGUGUCCAGGUACCCUCCCACAAUGGUAACUCCGGCGCAACCACAUCUUCAAGCGAAUCAAGAUCUGGCACACCGAAACUUAACCACAUCUUGUCGGGUGGACAAUUGUCUUUCGGUCUGCUCGGGCCGCGCAACUCACACAUUCGGAGGGCUGUGCUUGCAAAUUCGAUGCUCAAGAUUCAACUGAUCACCACUCGGCCUAAGAUGAAGUUCACGACGCUAUCCACCCUGGCCCUUGCCGUAUUCACCACCUCAUCAUCAGCGCGUGGCAAGAAGAAAGUCUACACAGCGCCAUUCAAUGAUGGCAACUCAACAAAGCUCAUACCGUGCAUGAACGAGAUUAAAGCAAUAUUGGACGCUCGUCCUCACGCACACCGCCACGUAGGCUACCGAUGCGGUGACUCCUGGUUCCAAUUUGGCGCCGAUGAGGAGAAUCCUUACGGAAAUUCGAACUUGAAGGUCUUCGAGAUGUGUAACCCGGACAUGGAAGAAGCGGUAUACUCUGCCAAGGAGUGGUUCGCGUGCUAUGUCACGGAUGCCUGGGCGAAGAGGAUCAUAGCAUACUCACCUUUCGGGUUCCAGGCGUGCAGCUCAAACAAGACGUACGAUCAUGCGCCGUGUAAGGUGGAGUGGACGGACGAUAACUGA